AUGGACCCUCGCGAAUCAUUGUCUGCUGAUGAACAACCUGGACCUGGCGUCCAGCCUGUUGAAGAAUCCCCUGAGACGCGGGUUCCCACCCUUCCGGGAUCCCACCUCAACAUUGAGCCGGAUGAAGAACCCGCCGCACUGGAAACCCCCCAGCCUCCUCAUGCUGAGCAUGCCGAGGACGGAAAUCGGAACGAAUUGCCUGAAGCAUCGAAUGCUGACAUGAAUGAAGCGGGCGUCGCUCAAUUGCGCGACACAGAGGCCAAUACUCCUGUUGCCGAUGAUGCCCCACAACAUGUCCGUCAACCUCAGGCAGUGCCGGAAGGCGUGGCACGCCCACCUCGCGUGACAGCUGACCCCGCCUUGCCACAAGUAUGGCCAUCGAUGCACACUCUCCCUCCCGCGCAGCGAACUAUCAUCCUAAAUUUUGUCGCUGCGACUCGCGAGGUUUGGCCGGAGAUUAUUAUCAACCCCGCUCGGGUCAUCGCUAACCGUGACAGACUGAUCCCAGCUUUCACAAACAGCGCUGAUGCCCUCCAAAGCAUCAUGGGCGCCUUGCCCCAAGAAAUGCAUGAUGCGAUCCACCAAGUUUCUUCUGUGGCAAUCCAGCAAAUCGGGUUUGUGAUACACCACUUGACUCGCAUCCCUAACGCUGGUGACCGGGCCGCGGCAAGACAGAACGUUGUUCCCCUACUCGACAGCCUCCUCAACACAAGCCUGCAGUCUUUGGGAUCGGAUGUCCCCCAACACGACUCCACGCAGUGCACAAUCUGCUUCGAGGGUUACGAAGAAAGCGACGCGAUUGUGGUCCUACCAUGUCACCCAACCCAUCAUUUUCACCGGAGCUGUAUUCACGACUGGUUACGGGCAUUGGCCCCCGCACCUCCCACCUGCCCAAACUGCAGAGCCCGGAUUCACUUCCAGAACCCACCCAACCAUCCCCCUCAGUCCAGUACUGCUAGGUCUGACAAAACCCUCCGCAUUUUGAAAACUCGUUCCACUUGUACGCAAAAGAACACGGCUUCACACGUGGCAGGCAGGGUCUUCACGCUCCGUCCGCAAGACGUGCUUCGUAGCUGUCGCUCCCGAGCGCCAAAAACGACUUUCCCGAUGGCACAGUUCUGGAGCAGUUCUCUUUCGGCCUCUAGCAGGUCCCCUUUUCCGAUCACUCAGGCAAUCGUCGUGGGCGUCGUCUCUGGGGCUUUGACGGCCUUGGUGAUGUACUCUUUCCAAGGACCUACCAAGUCCACUCCAGAUCGGUCAAAAACUCCAAAAAAACGUUCCACGGGCGAUCGGGUACACGACGAAAGCUUGAUAGCUGAGCAACUGGCGCGUAACUUGGCCUUCCUCGGACCGCAAGGGAAUCAAGACGUCCGAAAUGCGUUCGUGAUCGUCAUCGGUCUUGGUGGCGUCGGUAGCUCCGCUGCUACUUCCCUUGUCCGUAGUGGAGUCGGCAGAAUUAGGUUAAUCGACUUUGAUCAAGUUACUUUAUCGUCGCUAAAUAGGCAUGCAACAGCUACGCGGGAAGACGUGGGAAUCGCAAAAGUAGUAUCAUGUAAAAACUUUUAUCAGAAAAUCGCACCUUGGCUGAAAAUAGAAGCUCUGGUUGAACAAUUCACAUUAUCGGAUGCGCCGAGGCUAUUGGAAGGAAAACCAGACUGGGUGCUAGACUGUAUAGAUAACAUCACCACGAAAGUAGAUCUCUUGACAUAUUGUAAAAAGAACAAUUUAAAAGUUUUUUCAGCCUUAGGUGCAGCUUCCAAAGCAGACCCGUCACGGAUUCAGAUAGCAGAUAUCUCUAUGACAUUUGAAGAUCCGUUGGCACGUUCUGUGAGGAGAAGGCUGAGACUGAAUGGGAUUGUCCACGGUGUCCCAGUAGUCUAUUCCACCGAGAAGCCUAACGAAAAUGUUAGAUUACUCCCUUUACCUGAGGACGAAUUCCAGAAGGGAAAUGUGGGUGAACUUUCAGCCCUGGCAGACUUUCGUGUGCGCAUCCUACCGGUCUUAGGGCCUUUGCCUUCAAUGUUUGGACAAGCAAUGGCUGCCCAUACGAUCACCCAAUUGGGAAAUUUCCCGACACAACCCCUUCCAAUCAAGAACCGAACCAAGGUUUACCAUCGAAUAUUUAACGAUCUGUUGGCCCGGGAAUUUCGACUGAAUGGAGCGACGACGAUCCCGUUCAGUGACGAAGAUAUCGGAUACAUCUUCGAGGAUCUCUUCAGAGGUCGAUCGGUCGUCCACCCAGCUUUCAAAGUCAGCUCCCAUCCUUGUCUGAUCCGAUGGUCCAUGGACGAAGAGCUACAUUGGACCAACUGCGUCGUUAUGGAUCGCUCAGAGGCUGAUAUCCAUCAGCAGAGAGUCUUGGUUGGUCGCCAAGAUCCGUCGGUGGUUUGGGGCCCCGAAACUGUCGAUCUGGUUCAAGCUAGAUUUUCCGAAGAAGUUCAAAUGCGGAAGUGGAGAUGA